CUGUUUUUAACCACAAAAUGGCAAAUGUGCUCGCUCACACCAUUGGACGUGCUGCGCUUCCAGUUUUCUUCUUCACUUCAGCACCAUCUCUUCUCCUUCUCUUUGCUAGGGUUGCAGAAGAAAUUAAUCGCUAUCAUUAUUGAUUAAAGACCGGUGGAAGAGGUUUCAGGGAUUCUCUCCCUGGUCUCUGAUUGUUUCAUACCGAUUUCGAAGUUUAUUUAGAGCAACAAAAUUCGAAAUGGAUGGUUGUAGAGGUGAAGGCAGUAUUGGAGCUUCGUCAAAGCUUCAGGGUCUCAUACCAGUCGGUGCAAAUCCUACAGGGGAUGCUCUGUUUGACGCUUCACAAUAUGAAUUUUUCGGUGGCAAUGUGUUGGAGGAAGUUGAGUUAGGGGGUUUAGAAGACGGUGAGGAUGAUCUUGCCCCUGCUGGCUUCGAGGAAGAAGAGUUUCAGUUUGACAAGGAAGAGGCAGAUGGGUUGGGAUCUCUAUCUAAAAUCGAUGACCUUUCAAGUACAUUUUCUAAGUUGAACAAAGUUGACGGUGGCCCAACUAGUGCAGGAGUAAUUUCAGACAGUGGAUCCAAAGAAAGUUCGUCGGCUGCUGAGCUGGCACACGGCCUGCAUCUCGGUAAUUCGCCAGAUCAGCGUGCUUUCGAUGCUGAAACACUUCACGAUAGCAAAAACUGGUCCUCACAUCAUCCAUAUUCCGUGCCUCGCUUUGUGGGACCCGAUUUAUUGCACAGGACAUCUUCAUACCCUCACCAAGAGCAGCAAAAACUACAACACCACCAUUCAACCGAACCAAUUCUUAUUCCCAAUUCGCCCUUCACUUCGUACCCACCCCCUGGAGGAAGAUCCCAGCAAGCCUCACCCAAUGGCCUGUCUAACAUUCCACAUCACCCCAAAUUUGUGGGGCCCACUAUUUCUUCUAUAUCCAAUUCGACUCAGUUACCUCAAGGUCUUCCACUUCAUAACAGUCAACACCAAAACCAAUGGGCAAACCAAACUAGCUUAUUAUCUCCACGAAAUCAUCUUAACUUCCCGAACAAUUUUCCCGGUCAGAACAGAUUUCCGCAGAUGAUGCCACCUCAGCAAACCUUAACCCCACAUCGAGUUCAUCCACACAUUCCCCAUUUGCAGGCCCAGUUACUCCCGAGAAGUAGCCAUCCUGCUCUUCGUUAUCCCCAUAACGGCCCUCACGGUCCACCGAGGUUCAAGUCGAAAUACAUGACAGCUGGCGAGAUUGAAAAUAUCCACAGGAUGCAGCUAAUGGCUACCCACAACAACGACCCUUACGUCGACGACUAUUACCAUCAGGCCAUUCUUGCUCGAAAAUCGAGACACCAUUUCUGUCCGAGUAAUUUGAGAGAAGAAGAAGAUUCUUCGAAUCCUCACCCGAGCAACGAGCCCCCCCACCCUUUCCUCCAAGUCGAUGCUCUCGGACGAGUCUCCUUCUCCUCCAUUCGCAGGCCCCGACCCCUGCUCGAAAUCGAGAAUCCCUCCAAUUCACCUAAUAAUAAUAAUCCCGAGUCAAAAAUUACCAAAAAGCCCUUGGAACAGGAGCCGAUGCUGGCGGCCAGGGCGGCCAUCGAGGACGGGAUACGCCUCCUGCUCGACGUGAACGAUAUCGACCGAUUUCUACAGUUCAACGAGCUUCCGGAUGGUGGGGCCCAGUUGAGACAGAGGAGACAGGUCCUUCUAGAAGCCGUAGCUUCUUCGUCGUUUCAUCUGGUCGACCCGUUGGCCAAAAACGGGCACACCGUGAGUUUAUCACGCGGCAGGGACGAUUCCGUCUUUUUACAGCUGGUUUCUCUCCCAAAGGGGAAAAAGCUCCUAACCAGAUAUCUCGAGCUUCUGAAUCAUCAUCCGGGUGAGCUCGCCCGAGUCGUUUGCAUGGCCGUGUGCCGUAAUCUGAGGUUCUUAUUCGGAAAUACCCCCACAAAUUGUGAAAUGUCGAUAAUAACCCGAAAUCUUGCAGAUGCCGUCUCGAACUGCGUGAUCCGUAUUGAACUGAAAGCCUUGGCCGCGUGCCUUGGUUCUGUCGUUUGUUCGCCGGAGGACGAGCAGCCUCCUCUCCGGCCAGUCGGGCACUCAUCGGGUGACGGGGCUUCGUUGGUGUUGAAAUCCGUGCUCGAUAGGGCCACCGAGCUUAUGACGGGCCCUCGCGCGGCGGAAAACUGCUCAGAUCGCCACAGAGCUUUCUGGCAGGUCUCGUUUGAUGCGUUUUUCGAGGUGCUCGCGAAAUACUGUUUUGGAAAGUAUGACAUUAUUGUGCAGUCACGAGGUGCGGGGAAUAAUGGUGGUGAUUUGGGUAAUGCGAUUGGUAGAGAAAUUCCGGUGGAGGUGUUGAGGGCGUGCCUUCCUCAUACGAACGAGCGGCAGAGGAAGUUGCUGUUGGAAUUCGCACGGCGGUCUGUGUAUGCAACGGGUUUUAAUGGUGGCUCGUGAUUGGUUGUGGUGUGUGAUCAAGAAAUUUGUCUAACGUAGUUAAACAGUUGUGGUAUAUAGCUUGUAGAAGCUGGUUGGUCUUUUUGAGCUGUUACAAAAUUUUCACCGUCUUUUGUUUUACCCUGCACGUAGCGGCGGGGAUUUUAAGGUUGUCAUGUGGCCGGCGAAUUGUAUAAUUUUCCGGUUACCUUUGAGUUUUGAUGGCUUAUUUUGAUGCUCUGCGUUAGGCUAUGUUUAAUGAGUGAUUUUCAAGAUUUUAACUAGCUUAUUUUGAUGCUCUGUUUUAGGCUGUGUUUGAUAACUAAUAACUGCCUUAGGCUAUGUUUAAUAAGCGAAUUUCAAGAUUUUAACCAACUUAUCUUGGCUGUGGAAUAGUUGGGUGAGGGUGGUGAACUUUUUGAAAUGUGGGGCUAGGUUUAAUGUUGGAGAUGGGUCUUCCAUAUCCAUUUGGGAUCAUCCUUGGGUUCCUGGAAUUCCAAACUUUAAACCUACCUGCCACUUCUUGAGGGAUAGGUACAGGCUGUUAAAGGUGUGUGAUCUUAUGGUGGACAGCAGAACUAGGUGGGAUAGAGAUCUCAUUAGACAAUCUUUUAGUCCUGAGGAGGCAGAUAUGAUUUUGCAGAUCCCCAUCUCUUGCUCAGGACAAAGAGACAAACUUAUAUGGCAUUAUGGUAAACAUGGGAAAUUCAGUGUGAAGUCAGCAUAUGAGAUUAUCCUCUCCAAGACCAGAAGCAGCAAGUGUGAAGCCAGUACUAGCAGUAAUGCAGCAGUCAGAGCCAUCAUGUGGAAAAACACGUGGAACCUCCCAAUUAAGAACAAAGUCAAGCACUUCUUGUGGAAAUGUUGGUAUAAAUAUCUGAGUACAAAUGACCAACUUAUUCACAGGCAAAUGCAGGUGGAUUCAAUUUGCUCAAUGUGUGGAAUGUAUGAUGAAGAUCUUGAUCACAUCUUGUUUAACUGCCCAAGAGCCAAAAUGGUCUGGAAAUUCAGUGGGGUGGAGUGGAGAUGCAUAGCUGGUGAAGUCAUAAACUUUCAGCUUUGGUGGGAGGAAAUUUGUGAAAAGCCUAUUUCUGGUAGCCUCAAAGAUAGAAUAAGCCUCUCGGCUUAUAUCCUUUGGUGGCUAUGGAAAACUAGAAAUAUAUGGGUUUUUAGAAAGGAAAGAAUAGCUGAGUGGGAGGUAGCUGACAGGGCUAGAAUGGAAUGGUUAGAAUUUGAUGUUGCUCUUGUUGAUAGUAGGAAAUCUUCUUGUGCAGCUGUUCAGCUUCAGGUUGAUUCUGAGGAGUUUUGUUCUGAGUGGGUAGGACAGUGGUUGAUCACUGUCAGUGCUCCUAGUUUUCUUCAGAAUCAGUUGAAGCUGUCUUUUGUAGCUGAAAAGGAUGGUGGUAAUGAGCUGGUAUUGGAACAAUGCAUCUGGUAUAAUGGCUGUUUGGAAGGUCAAUGGCUAGAAGCUAUUCGGUGGGUGAUUCUGAAAGCUAAACAAGCAGGAUGGCACAGAAGUGUCUGCAAAAUGAAAAACAAAGCUGUAGCACUGAAGCUUGCCAAACAACAGGAAUUUGAUUUGUGUUGUAAUACUAUAGCUCAAGACAUAUAUUAUCUUUUGUCAUCCUUUGAUGCUUUUCUCUUUGUUGGGGUUUCUUAGGCUUCUGUUUUAGUUUUCUGUUUUGUUUCAUUUUGUGAGGUUAGGGUGGUCGGUUUGUGACUGCCCGUUGGCUUAGCAGACUUGGUUGAUGUAUAUUUUGUAAAUUUUUUGUGAUCUAUGAUAAGUUGCCGU